GGGGACGUGUCGCUCUCGCCUGCCGUUUGCGAGACCUCACACUUUCACAGGAAGACAUUUUCGUAAGGAGUUGUUAGUAUGGCCGAUGAUUUACUUAACUCAAAUGGCAACGGAGAAGUUGAUCCGGCGGCAGACUUUUUAGCACGAGAACAAGAUGAACUUGCCGAACUCGGAGAAGACUUUCAAACCAACGAGAACGCCAGUACUGAUGAUCUCGGAGAUUUAGUUGGUGGGACGGAGGAUACAAGUGGCGGAAGUGUAAAUGAUCUAAGCAACGACAAUGAUAUCACUGCGCCAUUGAAUUCAAUGUCUGGUUCAAGUAUGAUGCCUGAAAUAGAACCAGAGUGCAUUAGAAAAUGGAGGGAAGAAAAGGCUGCAUUACUCGAGGAAAUGGAUGAAAAAGAACGCAGCGAGCAGGAAGAGUGGAUUGCUCAAGGAAAGAAAGAACUUGAAGAGUGGUAUGCCAGGUUAAACGAACAACUUGGAAAAACAAAGGACAAUAACAGGGCAGACGAAGAGCAAUUCAUCGCGGACAGGGACGAGACAAAGCCUGGUACCGAGUGGGAGAAAGUGUGUGGUUUGUGCGACUUCAAUCCAAAAGGAGCGAAGCCGACAAAAGAUACCUCAAGAAUGCGUUCACUUUUCCUUCAGUUAAAACAGGCCCCGCUGAUUAGAUAAAUGUGUGAUUUAGAUUGACUGUAAUAGCCUUAGCUCAUAUACCUAUUUUUACUUAUUCAUAUUUUACAUCCACCAUAAUGUUGAAACGUGUAGUGGAUUGUACACUUGAAGUUAAUGAAUUUAAUGAACCAUAAAUUAAAAUUUCGUGUUUAUUUUUUAUUUUCAAUGGUCGUCACGAUUAUUGAUAAUAAAUAUUGUCGCAUUUUCUCUAAAUGAA